AUGACCGAGUACAAGAAUUAUUUUUUCGUUAAAUUUUUUGGUUGGACCCUGUGUUCAAUCCUGGCUCAAUCACAGGAUUCCUGUUCAGUUUGUAUCUUGAAAGAUGCUCCCAAUCAGUGUGGAGCCUUCUGCCUCGCCGCACUACAUCCACUUUAUGAUCAAAUGGCCGAAAUGCGGGAAAAGUUAGACAAGAUAGAGACCCAGCAGAUCGCAAUACAGACGAUGAUAGAAAACCAGGAAAAAGACUUUAAGAAUAAAUUGGAUAAGAUGGAAAGUUCGUUGAAUAUAAAUACAACAAGCCAAUACAAGGACCUUCAGGAAACCCUCAUCAGGAUUUACACAAAAGUAUUUAACCUGAAAAACUUCGAGCGAAUUGGUUCCCGGCACUUCUAUAUACAAAAUGAUGUUUACCAAGAUUGGACCACUGCUGAAAAAAGCUGUCAGCAGAUGGUCGCCCACUUGGUGUCCUUUAAAAAACAAGAGGAGUUUGACGCCCUAAACCUAAAAAUUAAACAGAACUUGUGGUUCUGGGUUGGCAUUAACGAUAUAUCCGAGGAGGGCAAAUACAUAUCUGUAGACACCAACAAAACAGCUAAUUUCUUAGAUUGGAACGACGGACAACCCAAUAACUUGGAUUCAAAUGAGAACUGCGUUGCGAUUGGAUUUGGUAAAAUGUACUACCGGAAAUGUGAUGAAGUAUCACGUUUUAUUUGCGUAUCAAACGACUCCUUUUAA